CCAUCACUUAAUUUCGUUCACAUAUUUGAUAUUUGUCAACCACUACCUUAGCAUCAUCAAAAUUGGUUUUAGAUUUGCUGCACUUUGUUUUUGGCUACUCUACCAGUAUGGUGGGCACAAGCACAAACGAGUUAGAGGUAGGCAAGGAUUCCAGAUAUGACAGAAAAGCUGAAGUAAAAGCCUUUGAUGACACAAAACUGGGUGUGAAAGGUCUCUUAGAUUCUGGGAUCAUGAAGAUCCCACGCAUGUUUCACUCUAACAAGUUGGAUCCCCCUGAGACUGAGACCUCACCAAGUGAUUCCAACUUGAGCAUCCCAAUCAUUGAUCUUCAAGAUAGGCAUGUUGAAGUGGUUGACCAGAUCCAGAGUGCAAGCAAGAAGUGGGGAUUUUUCCAGGUGAUCAAUCAUGGUAUUCCAGUUGGUGUUUUGGAUGAGAUGAUCAGCGGAAUCCGCAGGUUUCAUGAACAAGAUGCUGAUGCAAGGAAACCCUUUUACUCCCGGGAUCGCAAUAAGAAGGUCAGAUAUUUAUCCAAUGGUACCCUUUUCACGGACCCUGCUGCUGACUGGAGGGACACAAUUGCAUUUUAUGUAUAUCCAGAUCCUCCCAGCUCAGAAGAAAUACCAAAAGUAUGCAGAGACAUUGUGAUUGAAUAUUCAAAGAAAGUAAGAGCGUUGGGCUUUACCAUCUUUGAGCUGUUCUCAGAGGCUCUUGGCCUUAAUCCUUCUUAUCUUAAUGAAAUGGACUCUGCUGAAGGACAAUUCAUUUUGGGUCACUACUAUCCCACAUGCCCUGAACCCGAAUUAACUAUGGGCACGUCGAAGCAUUCUGAUAUUGACUUCAUGACAAUACUUCUGCAAGAUCAGAUUGGUGGUCUUCAAAUUCUUCAUCAGAAUCAAUGGGUUGAUGUUCCUCCAGUCCACGGUUCACUUGUGGUAAACAUUGGGGAUCUCCUGCAGCUUAUGACAAAUGGCCAGUUCAGCAGUGUUUAUCACCGGGUUUUAUCACGGCAUGUCGGCCCUAGAAUUUCCAUAGCAAGCUUCUUUGUAAACAUAUCAUCACAGGGAAAAUCGAAGGUUAUUGGUCCAAUAAAGGAAUUGUUAUCAGAAGAAAACCCACCAAUCUACAGGGAAGCUACUAUAAAAGAUGUCAUGGCACAUUAUAUUGAAAAAGGCCUUGAUGGAAACUCUUCGUUGGAGCCUUUCAAGAUGUGAAGUAAAUAUUGAGAGCAUGAAUAUGUGUCUGAUAUGUAGGUAUCUAGUUCAAGGAGAGCAUGAAUAUGUGUCUGAUAUGUAGGUACAUAGGAUUUAAAGCUAUAGAUUGAUGUAUGUAUCUACUUGAAACUUCAAGUAUUUGGGUAGUUUCAUGACUCAAUAUCAUGUCGUUUAUCAAACAAUACAGUACAACUAUGAAAAUCUGAUUCAACAUA